AUUCUGCGUUCGCGGGCCUUCUCUGAGUCCUCCGCUUCAGACUCGGAUCCACUGCUGCUAGAGCUGGAGCUGGAUGAAGAAGAGCAGGAGGAAGAAGACGAAGAGGACCGCCUUCGUUUGGAUCGCUUGCUCUUGCCCUUUUUGUGCUUUCUCUUCUUCUCCUGA